CCCAACUCCUAACAUCUUUGUGUGAUUCAUAGUAACACCCACCACCAAAUGUUGCCCCUGAUUUGCCUACCAAAUGACCACUCUAAUCAUUGGCUUACAUGUAAGCCCCUCCACCUCCAACUUAAAUAGAAUUUUGAGUCAUUCAAGGAAUUUUGAAGAACCAUUCUUGAUCUCGGUGAUAGAAAGUACGAAAAAUAAAAAUGUGUUUCGUUUCACUGUAUGCAACUGUAUUUAAUUAGAAUCGAGUUACAAAAUUGGAAUCUUUUGCAACUUUUUCAAAUGUAAACUUAUAAGUAUCAUUUAAAUUGGGACAAAAGAAAGGCAAAAUCUUUGGCGUGGAAAGUGGGCAAAGGUACCGUUGAGGCUGCGCAAAAGUUACGAUCGUCCACAAUGACCAAGAGGAAUAGCCGAAAGAAGAAGACGAGUAGCAGUAACAGCCAAAGCACUAGCAAUCACAAAUUCUCCAUUUUCGAGUUUAACCCUGACGAUGAGCGCGUUGAGAAACACUCCAAAAAGUUAUUGCAAGCAUUUAAACUUCAAAAACCUAAGAAAAUCCAUUCCCCGAUUGAUAAGUACACCUUUCUCGGUUUCUUUGAAGGAAGAACAAGGAGUUCAGAAAAUGAUUCAGUGAAUGAAAUCCUACACAUUGAUGAUAGUGAUGAUAUUGCAGAAAAGAAGACAUUGGAGUCAGGUGCCACUGUGGCAUCUAGCUUUUCAAGUUUGAAGCCUUCAACGGAUUAUUCUCUUGGUCAUCUUGAGUCAAAAUGUGACACUUCUGGGGCCAAAUCCCAUUUAACAAGAGCGAAAAUACCUGGAUGCUCUGUCACUGAUGGCAAAAGUUUUAGGGGAAAACUUUUUGCUGAUAAUGAGCCAGUUAUUCUAGAUUCAGAUGAUGCUACUGAAAUCGAAUCAUCCAAGCCAGCCUGUUAUCUGCCAGAAAAUAAGGGUUCAGGAAACCAGCAAGAGUUGAUGCAAAGUCCUAAUCUAUGUGAUAAAAAAAUUUCGGUGAUUGUUAAACCUGAUCGUGUCGAGUAUGGAGAUACGUGUUCUACAAGCUCCAUUUUGACCUUUUCAUGCAGUUCCAUAAAGCUUGAGGGCUCCUCCAAAUGGAUGAACUUACCAUUUACAUAUGAAUGGACACACUGUGAUAUUCUCACUAUUAACUCCAUGUGGUACAAAAUUACAGGUGCUGUUGUGUUAAAGUUUGCUUUGUUCCACCCUGAUUGGUCUGAAACACAAGAAGCAAUUAAGAUGCUGGAUGUGAGAUACAAAGAUAAAUGGAAUGACAUUACAUCACUUGAUUGCACGAGGAGCUACAGUCCAUUUUUUGGGCAGAAAAGCAAUUCAGUUUCAAAGCAUUAUCAUCCCAAAGAUAACUUUGAAGAAGUUAUUUAUCCAGAAGGGGAUCCAGAUGCAGUUUCCAUAAGUAAGAGAGAUGUUGAUCUAUUACAGCCUAAGAAUUUCAUCAAUGAUACCAUCAUCGACUUUUACAUUAUGUAUCUUAGGAACAAAAUCAAUCCAGAGGAGAAAGAUAGGUUCCAUUUUUUCAAUAGCUUUUUCUUCAGAAAGCUUGCUGAUCUGGACAAAGAUCCUACUAGAGCUUGUGAAGGUAGAGCUGCUUUCCAGCGAGUUCGUAGAUGGACUACAAAAGUUAAUUUUUUUGGAAAGGAUUUCAUUUUUAUUCCGGUCAACUUCAGUCUCCACUGGAGUUUGAUAGUCAUCUGUCACCCUGGCGAGGUUGUUACCUUUAGAGGAGAGGAAGAAAUGGAGAAAUCAUCUAGGGUACCAUGUAUCUUGCACAUGGACUCAAUCAGAGGGAGCCACAAAGGCCUGAAGAAUCUUUUACAAAGUUACUUAUUGGAAGAGUGGAAAGAGAGGCACAAGGAAGUAGCAGAGGAUGUUGCAAGGAAGUUCUCGAAUCUGCCCUUUUUCAGUCUCAAGCUGCCACAGCAGGAAAACUCAUUUGAUUGUGGCCUUUUUCUGCUACAUUAUGUGGAACUUUUUCUGGAGCAGGCUCCGGUCAACUUCAACCUCUCCAAAAUAACUGCAUCGUCCAAAUUUCUUGCUGGAGAUUGGUUCUCAACUGAAGAUGUUGAUUGCAAACGUGAACAUAUUAAACGAUUGAUCUGUGAAAUUACAAAAAUUAGAGUUCAGAAGGUUUCUUCAGCUGAUUGUGAUGACAACUAUUCUUUACAUUGCUUAGAAGAGGAAAAUACUUGUAUGAAUGUUCCUCAGGAAACUUGCAAUGCCAGAGAAGCAUGUCCUGGUGGUGACUUGAGCUCACAUGAGGCUGAACUUCUUACUAUGUCUCCUGUAGCCAACCUUAUUAGGGGUUUGAAGAGUGCUGCAGUAUCAGAAGUGGUUUCUAGAGAUUUGUUGCAAGCACCAGAUUCUGCAAAGCCACUUACUUAUGACAAUGAUGGGCAAAAGGCACUACUGGAUCCAUUUAGGAAUGUCAUGUCACCAAUAGAGGAAGAGGCAAUUGGGGAGCAAAUGUCUAUCUCACCAGCCAUCAAAGCAGGGAGCCAGCCCAUUGAACUUUUUGCAGCACCACAUGCUUCCAGCAGUUCUAAAGCAGAAACCAUGUUUCCUGGAAGAGCUAGUCCUCUUAGCAAAAAGAUAACUCCAGGUAGUCAAAGUUAUGGAUGUCGAUCUCCAAAUUCACUAGAUGAUGAAGAACUUAAGGCUGAAGUAGAGGAGGUUUCCGCUCCUGAUGCAGACUCACCAAUUUCGACAGAGGAACUUGCAGGCUAUAUUGUUUUGGACUCUCAGGAGGAAGAUGAAAACCAUGAUCCGAAUGGUCUGGAAAAUAACCUACCCACUACAGCCACUAUUUCUGCUUCGUGCCACAAGGAGGUUAACUCCACUGAUAUCUAUGAUUAUAAAGCUGCAAAGAAGCCAAGGCCCGUGCCUGAAGUUUUGGAGGUGUCCAGUUCUGGAACAGGGAACGACGAAACUGUGCCUUCUUCAACAUCAUGUGAAGAAGUUGCAAGCUUAUAUAUCCAGGAUUCAGAGGUGGUCAACUCCGCGAAUUGUAGUGAAAUAGAUAAUUUAGGACCAGCAACAGGAUCCAGGAUCAAGCAUGUUGCAGGGCAGAUGAGGUAUUUGUUUCGCCGUCGACGAAGAGGCGGAUAG